UAGUGCAGAAGUGUGUAGGUUGUAGUUCACGGAUGGGUUGGAGGUACAAACCGACAUGUAAAUUCGGAAUAAUCAUUCAAGUGAUGGAGAAGUUACGUUAAUGUGGUAUUUUUAUGGGUUAUGUUGUACACUUCAUCGCUCUUCACGCAGUAUUUUUAGUGGAUUCUUGUAAGCCAGUGCUUCACUUUUCUCGUGUGCACAUUUUUUUCUUCAAGAGUGUAAUACGGUGAAUGCAUAACUGCAAGUUCUGUGGAAUUAUAUAUAACGUAUAUAUAUGUUGAUGCAUGGUUUGCAGUAUGAAAAUAUGAAUAUGCGUGAACGAACUCGUCACAGCUUUCAUACCGUUUCAUACGCUUUAGUAUUUGAAAAUGGCCGACGUAAUUGAGUUGCGUAUGAAUGUAGCAGCGUUAAAAAGGGUCGAUCCGUAUGUAAAAGACAUCCUUGAAACCGCAACACAUGUUGCUUUAUAUACAUUUAAUGCAGAUGAUAACGAGUGGGAGAAAACUGAUGUUGAAGGUGCCUUGUUUGUUUAUAGUAGAAGUGGGGAACCGUAUCACAGUAUUCUUAUUAUGAACAGACUCAAUACAAAUAAUCUGGUUGAACCCGUUAUUCAAGGACUAGAUCUACAAUUACAAGAACCUUUUCUUUUAUAUCGGAAUGCAAGCUGUCGUAUUUUCGGUGUUUGGUUUUACGAUAAAGACGAAUGUAUUCGUAUCGCGGCAGUGCUUGAUAAACUCGUUAAAGAAUCCGAAAUGAGCAAAAAAUUUCCAGACAAAGUUCCUGUUAAAAACAAAUGUAGUGGUGAUACAAAUGUGGACAUAUUCACAAUGCUCAGCAGAGCUCAGGAGGAUUACAAUUCCAACAAGAACCAAGCAAAUAUGAAGCAUGCUUCAGCAGAAGAGUCAAAACCAGAGAUGCCACAGGGUGUUGUGGAUUUUUUUGCUAAAGCUAGCAGUGGAACAUCUCAUUUUUCUUCUGAUAAGGUAUCUCAACCAGCAGGUAUAUAUGUUGGUCAUCACCAGUCGAGAGCAUCAGGUACAGAACUUCCUGGUGACUCAAGUGAUGGUCAGCUGAAACCUCUCUUGCAGCACCUGAUUCCAAAUCCAGUACAUACUGUGGAACAAAUUGAAAAGCAACAGAGAUCUGUGACUCCACAGACAGAUGCUGUGUCAGCCAAGAGAAGUAAAGGGAAAACACUAUCCUGUAAAGACAGCAGCAGUGGAAACUUACAAACAAGGCCAGUGUCCUCUGGCAGUGUGACAGAUGGUAUAAAAUUACAGCUUGGCAGUGUACUUGUGACACAGUCAAGUUCCAGUACGUCAUCGGGGUUGCUAGAGAAUAGAAUGAGUUUCCUCCGCAUUGCAUCUCCAACUACAACAUGCCCGCAACUCACCCAAUUUUUUGGAACUGGAUUUCAGAGUGUUUCAUCAAGUGGAAAGCUGAUGGAUGUUAUCACACCUGAUCAGCGACCAUUAUCAGCACCACUGUGCAGUGGAAUGGAGACACCACAGAGACCAGCACUAAUGCCACCUACCAUGUUCACCUCAUCAUCUCAGAAAGAUGCAUCUAACAAACUAGAAGCUGGUAACAGUACGGUUCAGGUGCAUAAUUCAGAUGUGGCUUCAGUGAAACUGAGAUCAGAACUACCAGUAUCAACCCUGGCAACUGGCACGAGUGGUACAGUUUUGCUGGAUGAUAGUGUAACACCAGUGAGGCCUGAACCUUUAACCAGAAACCAGCUUCUUCAAGCAUUCAAUUACCUUGUGAAGAAUGAUCCUGAGUUUGUUAACAAACUUCAUGAAGCAUAUGUUAAAUCAUUUGCAGAAAUGGUCUUGUAGACAAGUAGGUGAUGUGUUUUCUUAUGUACAGCAGUAAAGUAACCUUAUAUUAUGUUGUGCUGAUUUGAAAAGAAAUUAUGUGAAUCUGCUGGUCUUGCAUAUUUUCAGGUAGUGUCAUAAGUCGUUAGUAAAUCCAAAGAAGUACAGUUUAUGUGGAAUUUGAGGUUCUCACAGCAGUGAGUAUGAAGAGGUCAUUGAUACAGUGCCAUAUAGUUUGUUGAAAGUCAGUUAAUGUUUCGGAGGAACAUGUCAUUGGCACAUGUUCCUCCAAAACAUCAUUUGACUUUUUACUUACUACAGGACAUUAUAUCGGAGAAUACAAUUGAAACACUUUAAAAGAGAUGUACUUAUUGUGGUGAGUUUGCACAAUCUUGACAUGGAGCUAUAUUGAAUAAAAUGAUGUUAUACUUUUUGACUUGUAAAUAAUUCCACUUUAAUGCAUUGGGUUUAAAUUUCUCUGUCCAGUAGCAUGUCAGUACAAGAGUUUGAAGUAACUCACUAUAUCUUGACUGCAGUGUUUAUAUUGCUGGUCUGGUCUAUAUUAUUUGUUUUGCAGUGAACUAUAUUACAAAAACUUUAUACAACUGGAGUAUGUAUAUAUACAUGCACUCCUAGAGAAACAAAAUAUACCAGUAAUCUAUGUAUUAUGCAAGAAAUUAGUACAGUGACAGUUGACAAUGUUGCUUUAUUGUGAAUAAUUGUGAUACUCUUUCUUUUAUUUAAACAUAAAUUUGAAUAUGGACCAUUUUAAUUUAUAAACCAAAUAUUACUGAAAAUGUAAUUGCUAGUGAUUAUUUUUCAUUACAGAUUUAUUUUUGUCAGUAACACUGUUGCCCUAAAUAAAAAAAAUCUUUCAAAUAAGUGUUGGGUGUUUUCAUAGUGUCCUGUAAUAGGGGUCAUCUGAUGCUGGUGCACAAAAGGCACAUACGUCACUCCUUGUAAACUAUAAUAAACUUACUGAUAUUUUGUGCA